CUCGCUGACGCUGGCGCAGACGAUGGGGCGACAAGAGGACCCGUCGACUGCAGUGCCGAGAGGGACGUGGGCUCCUGUGCUAGCCAGGAGGAGGCCUGGUAUUACAACGCGGAGGCGGACCAGUGCCACUUCUUCGUGUACUCGGGCUGCGGCGGCAACACCAACAGGUUCCCCACCAGGACAGCGUGCGAGGAGUCAUGCCAGAAGCUUCGCUGCCCUGAGCUCGACUGCCCCUACAGCUGCACGCGAGGCAAAACGAAGACAGGAUGUGACACUUGCAACUGCACUCUCGAGGAAGCCGCGUACGUGUGCGGGCGGCCGGAGCAGCGCGGGUACUGCCGGGCGCUGCACCACCGCUGGGCCUGGGACGCCAAGGAGAGGACCUGCUCCCUCUUCGUCUACGGCGGCUGCGGCGGCAACGAGAACAACUUCGAGACCAAGGAGACGUGCCUCGAAGUGUGCUCGAAGGUGUAAGGCAACUUCAGGCAGUAAAGGAAAGCGGGAGUAAGGAGGAGCGAGUCUGCAGAUGCGUCAGUAUUUCUACAAAGGAAUGUUGUUCUCAGUGUGUAUGCAGUAUACUGGACAGUGCCCUGUGUUAGGCUCAUGUCGUCAUCUUCAGUAAUCCAGGUUUAGCUGUUCUGUCACGGGUCAUAUUGGUUUAAUCACAACAUUUUUUUUUUCUAAAAUAUAUACAGUUGCCAGUUUUCUUUUUCAGUGCAUGUCACAUAUUGUAUUUCACAUAUAAAAACACACUGAAAAUCACCCGAAACAACGGUAUUAUGCAUAGUCUUACUAUCGUUACGGUAUGGUACAAAAUGUUGCUGUUCAUUUCUUCAGAAGAAGCGAUUCUGAAGGUUUAACCGGUGACGAAUGAAAUCUUUUAAUAUGGCGAAUUGCGCUUUCGUUAAAAUAGUGAGAGAAAUUUAUCUUACCUUGGUUAUAAAUAUAUACCAUGUUACCACCUAUGUUACCAUUUAUAUAUGUUUUUUUUUCUUUCGUUUCCAUGGAUCUCCUCGCUGAAUGGUGAAAACGAUUAACAUAAAAAGUAAUAUUUUAUUUUUGUUUAAGUUGCGAAAGCCAUCGGCGGGGAAAACGGUGUUCCUUUUAUGUUACCAUGUGUGCUGAGGGUUGUGCAAGUCAUCGAGUCUUAGGAUUAGUUCUGCAAGUGUGUAAGAUGUUUUGCAUGAAGGAAGUAUGUGCUCACGUACACGGGUGGAUGCGUUUGUAUGUAGAUUGUAGAAAAAGAGGAAACAACAAAUAGUACGGUUUCAUAUCUUCAUAAUGACGUAAUUUCCCCCUCCGCCUUCCCUCACCCCACCCAUCCACAUAACGACCCCGCCUCCACCCCUCCCACCGCCCCACCCUAGAUAGACCCCCUCGCCCUACAUCCCCACCCGCCUAUAUACCCCACCCCCACCCCGCCCACAGCCUUCUUCUCUCGUAUCCGGAUUUUUAUUUUUUUCAUACACGAGAAGAAAUUUUCGGCCUUGUUUUCGUUGUUAUUUCUCCUGUUGCUUCUUUUAUCUUGUU